AUGGUCGCUGCUGCUGCGUCGCUUCCCGGCGGGACGGCCGACGCCCCUGCCAUCGACCCUUCCCUCGCGCCUGCUGGUGAGCCCGACGAAGUCGUAGAUGAUGACAGCUUCAGCGAUGCCUACGGCGAAGAGACAGAGGACGUGGCCGUAGAGCCGCCGCGGCAGGAGCUCGUCGACAACAACGACGACUACGCCAAGACGUUUGACUCUCCUAUCGGCCCCGAGGAAGGGGAAGACCAAGAUGUAUCAUCAGUACCACGAGAAUCCAACGAGAUCUCAUCAUCCAUGAUAGCCGAGCAUUUGACUAGUCGCCCAUCAGACGUCUCUCAUACCGCUGCUGAUCCAUCCGCCUCUGCUGCUGUCCCAGCCGCUGCUGCUCAGAACCCAUCUCUCUCUACCGCACAGCCCGCAGCCGGUCCUGAGCCCGCCAUGUUGCAGUCGGGCGAUGCACACUCUUCCUCCAUCCCGUCUGCGGCUCAGUCCACGCCGCCCGGAGCUGGCCCUGCCAGGCGAGCCUCCGAGGCCUCUUCAUCUCUUGACAUCCAACAGCUCGUGGCUGAUCUCACUGCCCAUCCCUCUGAGUCUGGCCCCGAGAACCCUGACCCAACACCGGCUCCUCGCGCGACGGCGGAUGUCCUGGCAGCAUCCAACCCAUUCCCCUCAACUACUGCUGCUACCUCAACCACCACCGCCGCCACUACCACAAUUCCUUCUGCUCUGCCAUCUUCCUCGUCUCUCCCACCGCGCCCUCCCCUGCCGCAGGCCGCUCCCCCAUCGUAUGCUUCCUCGCACCAUCCUCUCGGAGCCAAUGCCAAUGUCUCAGGAGGCGCCGGCGCGCCCUCCACUUUUGCUCUUGCUGAUGCCGACUAUCAGCGGCAGUGGGAUCAGUUCAUGGCCGAUGAGCGACAGUACAUGUCGGAGGCUAAGUGGGAUCGGUUUCCAGAAGGCUCGCGCAUCUUUAUCGUGUAUACGCCCGCGUACAUGCUAACCGUGAUUUCUGUAGGAAAUCUUUCCAGCGACAAGGUUUCAAAGCGUGAUGUGUUUGACAUAUUUCACAGAUAUGGUAGGCUGGCCCAGAUCUCUCUCAAGUCGGCGUAUGGGUUCGUUCAGUAUCACACCGUCGAGGAAGGCCGUAACGCUCUGGAAAACCUUCAGGGCAUGGAAGUGAAAGGCCGGCGCAUUCAUUUGGAAAUCUCCCGGCUCCAGGAUAAGUCCAAAAAGGAAAGGAACCGUAGUUCGGAGCGGCCUCGAGGACGGGAGACUGGCCGUAGAGGAGAAAAGUACCGUGAUGACAAUCGGCCACCGCGCAACCACUCGCCUCGCCGUAGCAAUGAAUACUAUGGCAGAGCCGACAGGGGUAACAGGACCGAUAGCUACGGCCGCGAUCGAGGAUACUACGACUCGGACAGAAACCGUGGCCGCUCGCGAUCUCCCAAUGGAUAUGCCAGAAACGAUAAGGACUCGUACCGCAGGAGAAGCCCCAGCCCCUACAGCAGGGCGCGGCAUGAGCCGGAGCUUGAUCUGCCCCGUCGAUACGGUGCAGACGUCCCAGACGUGCAAAUCAUCAUGCAGCCAGAUGUCAACCGGGAGUUUGGCACUUGGGUUGAAGGCGCCUUCAAGGCCAAAGGGCUGAGGACCAACGUCAUGUAUCUUCACCCGCGGUUUCCGAAGGACCAGGUCAUCCAACGGCAGGCGGCCGAGGGCGUGCACGGGGUUGUAGACCUGGAUGUCCGCGCCCAAGGCCUGGGCCGGAUCCCCGUCCAUUCAUUCGACCGCUCUGGCGGCAUCCACAACGUCCGCUUCGAGCAGUACGUCGACCUGGAGCCAAGCACGGCGGCCGAGGUCAUUCUGCGAGCCAAGGCAUCCGGCACGGCGGGCUACGGCCAACCAUAUGGAGGAGGCGGUGGAUAUGCCACCCAGCCGCAGCAGUAUGGCGCGCAGGCCCCGCAACCUCCUCACGUAGCUGCGUAUCCUGGUCUGCAGCAGCACGGCUCGUAUCCAACGCAGCCCGCGCCAUCAGCCGCCGACCUCGCGGCGCUCAUCGGCCAGGUGGACAACAACACGCUGCAGAGGCUUCUGUCCACCAUUCAGGCCGGAUCUUCGGGAGCGAUGCCCGGCGGACUUGCCAAGCCGGCUGCGCCAGCGGCAGUUGAUCUCCAGGCGAUACUAGGCUCUCUUAACGGGGGAGCGGCACCGCAGCAGCACCAUGGAGCCCAUCCCCAGAUGCCGUACGGCGUGCCAUAUGGUGGUGGUCAGCACGCGCCUGUUCCUCCUGUGGGUGUGGCGCCGCAGGCAGCAGGCACCGGCGACGCGGCGACUCAGGUGCAGAACAUCAUGGCCCAAUUGGCUCGUUAUCGCCAGUGA